AAGCCUUGGUAUCAGCCAUUUUGUGUGAAGAUGUGGGUAACAAGAGUUUUACUCAGUCGAUCAACUCCUGGAAGAAUUUAUGGAGGAAAACAUAGACUUGUAAGAAAAGUCACCRCUACACAAAGAAGAAAUACUAGAGAUCGGGAAAAUACAAAAGCAGAAGUUGAAACUAUGCUGGCUACUCCUUAUCUAUCUAUUGAGGAAGAACAUGGCCACACAUCUGAGAAAAAAAGACAAGAAAGACAAGAGUUUUUAUUGAAGAGGAGACGGACAUUAGGACCAAACAUAUAUGCCAACCCAUCAACAAUAUUGACAGAUAAAUCUAAAACAAUUCUCAYUCAUCUUAAUGRAUCUCGAUAGAUAUCAAGUAAUAAUAAAAAUCAGAAAAAAAUGAGAAAAAAAACCCCUGAAUGAUAGGCAAUUAUUAACGAUAUCCUUCUACUUCUACUUCUACAUAGAUUAUUUMCAAAAUCCUAUGUGGACAUAAGGCAAAUUCCAGUGCAGGUGUCACAGAAACAUAUAAAAGUGAAUAUGUAAAAAAKAUAAAAUAAAAUCAGAAGUUAAUAAUAACUAUGUGCAUAUAAGAUUUAAAAUAAGUAAUCCAUUUUGCCUUUAAUACAACCCUGCAGUCAACUCAAUACUGCUCUAACUGUCUGAUUUUACUUAACCAGUCAUCCUCUGGCAGGGGUAUUGAAUGAUAAAAUCUGAGCCUUGCCGAGCCUUGUACAUAAUGGUCCCAGUUGAAAGAUUUGAAGCCUACCGGAGUGUUGGACUUAAUGAGAUGAUAUAAAAUAAAGAUUUUCUUGCAUCAUAAUGCCUGUAAGUAAACAGAGGUCUUCUGCAAAUGCACCAGAUGCGUCAUCAUUGAGUUUAAAUGAGCGGAUUCUCAAGGAAUGRCAUGAACUCUACACAGACGAAGAGCGAGGCCUUGUAACGAUUGCAAAAAGCCUUGGACUUGRUCUUCUUGCUCCAAGAAAGAAAAUAAACGUGGUAUUGAUUGGGAACCAUUCUGCUGGAAAGAGCUCAUUCAUUAAUUGGUACAUAGAGGAACAUAUCCAAAGAACUGGUGUUGCUAUUGAAACYCAAGGCUUCACUGUAGUUACUAGCGGAAAGAAGAGAGAGUCUCUCACUGGUAAUGCAACUCUUCAUUUAUAUCCACACUUUGGAGCACUGCGUCAGAUAGAUGGAGUGGUAGAGUAUUUGAUGACUGAAAUUUCUACAUCAAAACAGAAAAAAUUCAGCUUGAUAACAUUUGUUGAUACACCUGGUCUUGUUGAUGGUGARAUGAAGUACCCUUUUGAUGUUGAUGAAGCAAUCUUGUGGUUAGGUGGUUUAGCMGACUUGAUAUUUGUGUUCUUUGAUCCCAUUGGACAAGCACUUUGUAAAAGAACUCUAAACCUUGUUGAAAGGCUAAAUGAGAAGUCUUCUGAUCGACUCAGGUUUUACCUCAGUAAAGCUGAUACCGCUGGCCAUGAGAGUGAUAGACAGAAAGUAUUGAUGCAAAUCACUCAGGAGUUGUGUAAAAGACCAGGUCUGAAUAAAGCUGGUUUUGAUAUGCCAACCAUCUUUGUCCCAAGUCUCUUAGAAAAGCCAUCACGAUGUGCCAACCAAAUCGAGGAAGUUUGUAAAGAGCUUGAAAAAACUAUAAACCAUACAAUCCAGAAUACUUUAAAUACACUAGAGAAAGAUUGCCUCAAGAUAUCAGAUCUUGUAGAUAAUAAUCUAGUUGUAGAUACGGAAGCACGCUCGUAUAACAUGAAGGCAAGACUGAGGGGCAUUGCCUUUGGAUUUCUUGGACUCCUUCUUCCUUUUGUUUUGCUUAUCAACUUCAUAGCAAGCAGUAACAUCAGGGGACAAUUAGAUGAUCUUCUUGGUCAAGGACUUGCUGCUGGACUACGAAAAUACACUGCACCUGUUGAAGAAAUGUGGAAAACUAUUCCUAAAGAGUACCAUUACCAUGCACUUACUGGAAUGCUAGUGUUUUCAUUCUUGCUGAUUAUCAUUGCAAGGUUCUCAUCAAGUUUAAAACCUACAUUAUCAAGAAAACAGAAAAGAGCAUUAAUGGAUAAGAGAUCAUAUGUACAAGGUUAUGUCAAAGGCAAAAAGGAAAAGUUAUACAAGGAAUAUCUUCAACAAAGUGUAGGGUCACAUGACCUGUAGAUGGACCAACAUUAAAUCAAGAUUACAAGACAAUAUUGAUYCUUGAAUAUAAAUUUUAUAGAUCUUUAAGAGCUGUAGCAUCUUCUGGCAACCAUGUACAUGAAAUAUUCUGUUUAUUAUAUAAAUAUUGAAUGAUUUUCAAAAGCCUUGCGAAAUUUCAAGUUUUGUUUAGUCCAUUGAAUGAGCGAUGAUUUAGGUGAAAGAUCGACGUGGAUCUGUUUCAUGCUUUCAAUGGUAAAUUGCGGUAAUYCGGGCAGCAAAAUAUCGUCCAUCUUGUCUCUCAACAUUGCUGCAAAACAACUUGGAAAGCAAUGCUAUGAGUUUUAAUGCUGGCAAAUCAACUUGUCUCGUGACAAYAUCAUUUGUUGCAAGUUGAAAACGUUUGUUGCAGAAAUCAGAAAAUAGUUUUACUUUUUGCAACAUCUGUCGAUGUUCGUCGCGUUUAUUACUCCAACUUGUCCCGUAGCAAAAUGACAUCGUGCGAAAAUCAGCUGGCUUUAUCAGAAACCAGUGUUCACUCAACAAGACAAGUUGAUUCGCUGGCAGUAAAAUGUGRAGCAUCGAUUUCCAACUUGUUUUUCAGCAACUGAUUUUGCUCGUAUUAACGUACCUCAGAUUAAGGGUUGAUAAGCAAGAAAUUAUCAGAAAAUAUGGGCUGGUGUACACUACAAUGUAAGCAUUUGUCAUAYUAUCAACUAAGCAUUAGCACAAUAAACAAUAGAUUUAGGGAUUGAAGAGGGGGAAGAAGACAAAAGGAAAAGUUUGUUUUAAUUUUUUGACAACAGUUGUUYCUGUGCUUAUCUUACGUACCAUGCUUGAGCUAAGUUCUUCGUCUAUUCUUUUGUUCUUGACUCAUGCCUAUCUAGUUAAGCAAUAAUUUGUUUGAAAAGAACCGUAGCCGGUCUAUAGAAAGAGAAAUCAUGAAUAUAAUAUCUAUGUAAUAAAUUUUAUUUUCAAAGCAUGUUGUAAGCUGAAAAGAGAUAUAUUCGUACAGGAGCCCAGCAGGAGGCCAUAACUAGUUCCCAAACACCAUACGUAGAUGAAGGCUCCUAGGGGUUUCCGAUUCGUAAUGAUUGAACAUUUCUUAUAAAACUAUUGAAUGAAACGAUCAGUAUUUUUGUUAAAACAAAGGCGGGAGUAAACGUGACAUGACAUCAUUUAACAAGUGUGAACCACUCCGUUAACUAAACAAAAAAAUCUAAUUAAAAUGUUAAAACGCAUUUGGAUGAUAUAUGUUGUAGGGGACACAACUCGAGCUGUUGGCUAUGACGUGAUGAAGGGCGAAGUCUUUAGUGUGAACAUAGUUUAACUAUYGUGUGAAUGYUACGUGUUUCGUCGGAACGCUGAUGAUAUAACUUUUAAAGAGAUGGCCACUGACGCGUAACUCAGCUGCUUUCAUAUGCUAAUCUUAAUGUUUCUUAAGAUAUUGUACUCACGGGCCCUCACGGUGCUUCACCAUAAUAAUCAGUUAUAAAGUGCCUUCUAAAGAGUGAUUCGUCUACACCAGAAGCUACUUAGAGAGCUACAAGAAGGAUAAGGUCGAAACAUGGAAAUGGGAUCUUUGGAAGUUGGUACGAUUUGUGCAUGUGUUUUAGCUCUUGUAAUUCUAAUCGCUUUUGUACUAUAUACGUGGAUAAAAUGGCGAAGAAACCAAGUCAAUGGUCUCCAGAAGGAAUGGCCUAAAGAUCCUGAGCGYAAUGAUUUCAAACAUACUYCCAACGAUGUCCAUAAUAACUACAGUCAUGCAGUCAGUAUGAAUUCAGUGGAUGACUUGGCUGACAAGAGUGUCAUAACUGCGACGGAAAGACGUCACGACAAAGAGAGAAAAGUUUCUGAGGGAAGUGAUUGCUAUCCUUAUAAGGGAAGAAAAAGAGGAGACUCAUUUCGUGACACAAAAACACAACAAGAAACAACAUAUUUAUAGAUUUUAAAACAUUUUAAUGGAAUUGACAAGUCUAUUUUAUCAAAUCCAAAUACUGAGUUUGGUUAAAUGGGUUUAAUUUGAUUAAAAUAUAUUUUUUUAAGGACCCAAAAGGAAGGGAGGCAUACUCACCCCCAGAGCACCUUGGUCAUCAGCACAACGAAGGAAAGCGAAGGGAAGACUUAUGYACGAGGUGCUCUGGGGUGGACUUUUGGAAAGGACUUUUUAGACCRUAUAUGCAUAUUUGUCAUUUGUUCUGCURAACAUUCUUGGGAAACCCUUUUAAUAUUAUAUAGCCAUGGCAGCUUAAGUCGUAAACGUCCAGCAACUAAAAACAUGGGCGGCAUUUUCAGAGACAUUCAAUCACUCAGUUUCAGUUGGCAACUCUGACCUGUAGCUCCUCUCUUGGCUCGGUACCAGGGAAUUAUGAGGAUUAAUUGGUUCUUCCUUUUAUUUGAAUGCAAAAACGUACAAUAGUGUGCUUUCUGGUGUUUUCUGCGAGUCCUGGAGCGACAGGCUAAUCAUGCAAUUGGUGCCUAACUAGCGUGACACUUUUACAAAUUAAUCACAUGACUGGAAUUUUAAUUUUGUAAAAAAAGAACUUUAUAUUUUUUAUUACUAAUCCCACAUCUAAAAAACGAUAUAUAUUUGUAUAAAUGUAUCUGCAUAUGUCUCAAUAUUAAAAACACUGCGUAUCUGUGACAAGCAGACAAAGAUUG